GUUGAUCAACUAUUACAGCAUGUCAACUAUGACAAUCCUAAUCCAGUUGUUUUACUCAUUCAGUUUUGUCGUGCAAAAAUGCACAACAAUGAGGUUUCAAUAUCUAACACAUGGAAUGCUACCAAGAUUGUGGUAGAUGCAAAUUGUCAAGAGAUAAGUGAUUUUCAAAAGCGGUUGGAAGUUCACUCAACCCCAAAACUCUCUUUGAAUACACCAUCAAGAAUUUCGUCAGCUACACUAGAAGAUGAAAUUAAUGGGGAUACACUCAAGACCUGUACCAUUGAGCAGUUGUAUGAUUUUUCGGAGGUGGGAAGUUAUUGGGUGUUGGCUACAAUUUUACCCAUUCAGACAAUAGGCGAUUGGUGGUACCUCUCAUGCAAGAGAUGUCCAAUAAAACUAGAACAAGCAUCCAACUGUUUCUACUGUGACAAAUUUGAUAACUCAUAUCCGGAUGGAAAUUUUUGGUAUAAACUUAUAAUACGCGUUGUCGAUUCCACUGGAAAUGCACCAUUUCUAUUGUGGGAUCGGGAAUGUAAUGAAUUGUGUUAG